UCUGCGCAACAAAUUUAAGCAAAAAAUCAUGGCAGAGGGAUCCACCGGAGCCACCGCCUGGCUGCAGGUACAAAGUUUGUUGAACAGCAUUAAUCAUAUGCUGAUCUUCUUGGUGGCCACCUUCUUCUUUGUCCUGGCCCGCAGCCUGGACUUCAAGGAUACGGCAAUGCACAUGUUUAUGACCGGAAUUGGUUUCCACGUCCUUAUCGCCCAGGCCAUGAUGUCCCACUAUAAGGUUAACCCCAUCACCCGCUGGCUGUCACACCGCAACAAGUCGCGUUUCCAUGGCAUUCUGCAAAUCAUCGGCGGCGCAAUGGUCCUACUUGGGGGCCUGGGCAAGUUCUCCAACAAGGAGGUUCACUUCAACACCUGGCAUGGGAGAGUUGGAUCCGCUGCUACCUUUUUUUGCGCCGCCAGUAUUGUGGGUGGUCUGGCCAACUAUUUCCAGCCAAAGUUGGCCCUAAAGUUGUUCCCCCCCUCGGAGCUGCGUUUCCGCCACAAUCUGUUCGGCCUGGUCACCUAUUCCCUGGGCAUGGGAGCCAUCUACCUGGGCUACUACUCGAAAUUCUUCACGAAACAUGUGGACAAUGACUUCAUUCCCGGCAUGAUGCUGGUCACAUCGCUGGUCUAUGUUUUGACCAUAAUUUCCCCCGUUUCAUCGCUGUUGAGCAAGCUGAAGUAUAGGCGGCAGAAAAAGCAGGAGAAGGUCAAGUAAAUAACUCUGUCACAUCUGCUGAAGGCAAAGGGAAAGGCUACGGAGGCUAUUUGGGAGGAGUGUUUGGGAGUAUCUAUCAAAAUAAAACGCUUGGCCCAGUGCCAAUAGUAAAUCCA